GAGGCGGAGGUGAAGUAAAGGAGGCGAGAUGACCUCCUCCGCGCUCGGCCAGUCGCCUCCGCUCGUCUCGGACUUGGAACCCGGGAUGGGGAAGUCUGCGGCCAUGCUGGGGCUGUCCGCUGGGCUGGGGGGCGCAGAGAUGGAGCUGCAGAAGAUGCUGAUUGACGAGAGGAUCAAGUCUGAGAACCACAGGACCAACUACCAGACCCUAAAGGCUGAGCACACCAGCCUGCAGGACGAGUUCACGCGGGCGCAGGCUGAACUGAAGCGCCUCCUGAGCGGGCGACAGUCUCAGCAGGAGAAACUGCAGCUGCUGCUGGCAGAGCUGCGAGGAGAGCUGCUGGACAAAACCAGGGAGCUGGAGGAGCUUCGGCUGCAGGUGAUGACCCCCCAGCGGCUGGAGUUACUCAGAGCUCAGGUGCAGCAGGAGAUGGAGGCCCCGGUCAGAGAGAGGUUCGACAAGCUGGAGGAGGAGACGGAGAAGUACAGGUCCGAGUACAACAAGCUCCGCUACGAGUUCACCUUCCUCCAGUCCCAGUGUGAGCACCAGAGAGAAGAGCACGCCCGCGUACUGGAGGAGCGGCGGGUCCGCUACGAGGCGGAGGUCGCUCGACUGGAGAAGGACAGGGAGGAGCUGGUGGCUCAGUAUCAGGGUUCGGACCCGCUGCGUGACGGGAAGAGGGUGGAGGCUCUGCUGAGGGAGAAGGCCCAGCUCCACCUGCGGCUCAAAGGCCUGGAGGCCGAGGUGGCCGAGCUCCGAGCCCAGAAGGAGAACUCGGGCCAGCAGGCCGAGAACGUCCAGCGGAUCCAGAUCCGACAGCUGUCCGAGUCUCAGGCUGCAGUGAAGUCCCUCGAGGCGGAGCGUCAGUCGUUGCGUCAGCAGCUGGAGCGGCUGGAGAGCGAGCUCCGUCUGAGCCACGAGCAGAACGCUCAGCUCACCGGGCGACUGCACAAAGCUGAGAGAGAAGUCAACGCCCUCACCUCUCAGAUGGCGAGCCUGAAGCAUUCCCACAAACUCGAGGUGGCCGGAGUCAAACUGGAGUGUUCUCGCUCCAAAGGGGAGGUGGAGCGGGAGAGGGACUCUCUGCAGGGACAGCUGGACGGCCUUCAGGCAGACGUGGAGGUCCUGAAAGCAGCCGUGGAGCGACACAAAGAAGUUCUGGUGGGGAAGGAGAGGGAGAUGGUCCGGAAGGUCCAGUCGGCUCGGGAGGAGGAGCUCCUCAAAACAGCAGUCCUGCACGAAGAAAAGUUGGAGCUGGAGAACCGUGUGGCAGCUCUGGAGCAGCAGAGGCUCCUGCAGGACUCCUCGGAUCAGGCCCUGAGGGAGGAGUGGGAGGAGCGGCUCCGCAGCGCUCAGCGGGGAGAGGAGUCGUCUCGCAGGGAGCUGCAGAGCCUGAGGAGUAAAGUGCUGCAGCAGAGCUGCGAGCUGCAGGAGGCUGCACGACUCACAGCAGACAUGUCCGACCUGCAGCAGCACAACCAGGAGCUGAACGUCCAGCUGGCGGCGCUGACUCGCUCCGAGGCUGAGCUCAGGGAGACGAACCAGAGGCUGAGGGAGACGCUGGACCGAGUCCGGGAGGAGCUGAGGGCGGCCCGGACGCAGGCGGAGAGGAGCCAGCACGAGGCCGAGAGGCUGGUGGAGUCUCGUCAGGUGGAGUGGCUGGAGGAGAAACACCAGCUGCAGGAGCGAGCGGCCGAGCUGCAGCGGAGAUCUUCGCAGGUCAAAGAGAAGCUGCAGAGAGCGGCGGCGGCGCAGAAGAAGAGAAAAACCAAGACGGAGAGCAGAGAGAGGAGCCUGCAGGAGCAGAUCCAGCUGCUGGAGGCCAGAGUGGAGGAGCUGCAGCUGGAAGCUGCCGCCGCUACAAAACGCUCGGCGUUCUCAGAGGAACAAGCUCAGCUCUGCAGGAGGCUGAAGGAGCUGCAGCGACGGCACAACGAGUUCCGGCGCCUCCUGCUCGGAGGUCAUGGGGGUGCUGCAGUGUGGACCUCCUCUCCCACCCACCUCGUCCUCCACGGGUCUGACGGGCCGUUCCCCAACGAGCUGGAGCGAGACUUCUCGGUUCUCCGUCGGAGGCUGGAGGAGCUGGAGCGCGCUCAGCAGCAGCAGCUGGAGGAGCUGGGCUCUCUGGUGCAGAAAGAGCAGGACACAAACCCCAACCCUGACCUUUGACCCCCCCCCCAGGAUCCAGGGGGUGAAAUUUUAAAAACAACUAUUGAUAAAUUAUGUAA